UGAAGAAAGAAAUUUCUCUUUGUUGAAGCCAUCCACUUGUGGUAUUUCUGUUAUAACAGCACUAAAUGACUAAGACAAUGUGGAAAUGCCAGAGUGAUGGGAAAAAAAGCAGAAAUAAUUUGAUAUUGAACUAGUGGUGAGUUGUAUUAGAAUUGAGCCAAUGAGGGGAAGCUGGUCUAGGGUCCUCUCUGUAGCAUUUAUAGCCCAGCUAUCACCCUGUAUGCUGGGUGUGAGGAUACCCACACCUGGGUAAUGUGCUCUCCCGUCUUGUAGCAUAUGCCAGUUUUCUAGUAUGGACUGAUGAUAAUGUAGACAUUUUAAUAAUGAUCCUUCAGAGUUUUUGGCUUGGAUGGGGAGAGGUAGGUCCCAAAAUCUUCAGGAAAAAGAUUUCCCCCUGAGGAAGAGUGAAUUUUAAUAUUACACCUCUGCACUAUAAAGCACUCUGCACUGCUAACCGAAAGAUUGGUGGCAGUUCAAACCCAUCAGCUGCUCCGCAGGAGAAAAGGCCUGGCAGUCUGCUCCCAAAGAUGGCAGCCUAGGAAAUCCUAUGGGGGCAGUCCUACUGUGUCAUACAAGGUCACUGUGAGUUGGAAUGGACUCUGCAGCACACAGCUACAUAUAUAUAUCUUACCUGAAAAGAGAAAAUUAUGGGAUGGCAGUGUACUUAUCAGAGUACUUUUCACAGAGAUGCUACAAAACAAAUCUGCUGAAGAAUAUUCUGGUCCUAUCCUAAUUGAACAUUAAGCCUUGCUAUGGAUGUAACAUUGCUUUUGCAUUAGAAAUCACAUAACCAGAUAAGUCUGAUUCUUAAAUGUUGUCUAACUGGCAUCACCAGGCCAGGUGUUGCCCUGCUGAGUUGGUGUUCGUUCUUCUUCCCGCCUCCUGCUCCUUUUCUUCUUCUUCUUUUCGUUUUCUCUUCCCUUUUUGCUGACGUUGUCUGCCACAGUUAUAAAAUGCUUGGGGACUUGUAGAACAGAAGGCUUGAUAGUGAGAUAAACAGGUGCAGUGCUGCUGACUCUUCAGCCUCCUCAACUACGGCCGUAGACAGUUUCUCAUUGGCAGAGCCUUGGGCCAAGUGGUCAGGUCUUAGUAGAUGAUACCUGGUUCCCUGCACCGCCACUGUGCUCUUCAUUGGGUUUCUGGGCCAAGCUGGGUGUUACAGCAAGAUUAGUAAAAUUCUCUAGGGUUUUUUUUUUUCUCCUCUCUUCUGUAGUAGGUUGGGUCUCUGAUCUGUAUCCUAGGGCCAAAACUUAAGGCAAGGAAGAGAGUUAAGUCUUGGGUGUCGCUUCUCCUACUUCCUGUGUCUGUUUGUUUGAGUGUUAAUGUUUAUAUGCCGUUAUCUCCCUUUCUUCCUCCUUCAGCUAUAGUGCUUUGGGGAUGACUCACUGUUUCACAGGUGCAGAUAACAAAGGGAUUGACACCAGAAUUCUACUCUCUGAAGUCCUCCCACCCACAUUCUGGAUACUCUGCAAGAGUGUAGCAGCCCUAGAGCUACAUGUUCUGUGUGAUAAAACUAGGAAAGGUAGCAAAGUAGAACUUUUUAAGAAGUAAGAAAGCCCCAGACUUCUUCUCUGCCUUGGAAUUAACUUCUCUCUCCAUUGCUUAACUUUGGCCACUGACUCCUUGCAUACAGAAGAGAUGGUUUUCUAGGUGUUACUGCCAGCCUAGGACUGGGUGCUGCCUCUUGUUUCUGCCAGAUUCCCUCCAGACCCCUUCUGGAGUAAGAGAGGAAGGGAUAGGCCAGGUACUGACCACGGAAUCCAGCAUCAGUGUUUGUCUUCAACCAAAAGCAACCGAUCUCCUCAUUGAGAACCACUGAUUCUGGAGUUAGCAUCUGGAAUCAAGAGAUCCAUGGCAUCUGAGGUGCCUUAUGCUUCUGGCAUGCUCAUCAAGAAAAUAGGCCACCGAGGUGUUGAUUCUUCAGGAGAGACAACGUAUAAAAAGACAACGUCAUCAGCCUUGAAAGGUGCUAUCCAGUUAGGCAUUACUCACACUGUGGGAAGCCUGAGUACCAAACCAGAGCGAGAUGUCCUCAUGCAAGAUUUCUACGUGGUGGAGAGUAUCUUCUUCCCCAGCGAAGGGAGCAACCUGACCCCUGCUCAUCACUACAGUGACUUUCGUUUCAAGACAUAUGCGCCCGUUGCCUUCCGCUACUUCCGAGAGUUAUUUGGCAUCCGGCCUGAUGAUUACUUGUACUCCCUCUGCAACGAGCCACUGAUUGAACUCUGCAGCUCUGGGGCUAGCGGCUCCCUUUUCUACGUAUCCAGUGACGAUGAAUUCAUCAUUAAGACAGUCCAGUAUAAAGAAGCAGAGUUUCUGCAGAAACUGCUUCCAGGAUAUUACAUGAAUCUCAACCAGAACCCUCGGACUUUGCUGCCCAAGUUCUAUGGACUGUAUUGUGUGCAGGCCGGCGGCAAGAACAUCCGAAUUGUGGUGAUGAAUAAUCUCUUACCACGGUCAGUCAAGAUGCACGUCAAAUACGACCUUAAGGGCUCAACGUACAAACGACGGGCUUCCCAGAAAGAGCGAGAGAAGCCUCUCCCCACCCUUAAAGACCUGGACUUCUUGCAAGAUAUCCCUGAUGGUCUGUUUUUGGAUGCUGACAUGUACAAUGCUCUGUGUAAGACCCUGCAGCGUGACUGUUUGGUGCUGCAGAGCUUCAAGAUAAUGGACUAUAGCCUUUUGGUGUCAGUCCACAACAUAGAGCACGCACAGCGAGAGCCCUUAGGCAGCGAAGCCCAGCCCUCACUUGACACUCGCAGACCAGCCCCGCAGAAGGCCCUGUAUUCCACAGCCAUGGAGUCCAUCCAGGGCGAGGCCCGACGGGGUGGCACAAUGCAAACUGACGACCAUAUGGGUGGCAUCCCUGCCCGGAACAGUAAAGGGGAAAGGUUGCUGCUUUAUAUCGGCAUCAUUGACGUUCUGCAGUCGUACAGGUUUAUUAAAAAGUUGGAGCACUCUUGGAAAGCUUUGGUACAUGAUGGGGACACCGUGUCAGUGCAUCGCCCGGGCUUCUACGCUGAACGAUUCCAGCGCUUCAUGUGCACCACAGUGUUCAAGAAGAUCCCAUUGAAGCCCUCUCCUUCCAAAAAGUUUCGGUCUGGUGCAUCUUUCUCUCGGCGAGCGGGCUCCAGCGGCACCUCCUGCUGCCAGCCAACAGUCCCUGGGGAGCACAAGGCCCAAGUGACAACAAAGGCGGAAGUAGAGCCAGGUGUCCACCUGGGUCGUCCUGAUGUUUUACCUCAGACUCCACCUCUGGAGGAGACCAGUGAGGACUCGCUUGUUUCUGAGCCCAACUUCACACCUGUCGUUGGAGAGGGUUUGCAGACGCUAACUACAAGGUUGGUCCUUGGCCCCUUUCUCCAUAUCAUCUUCUUUUCUGUCUCUUCAGGUCCCUGGGUGCGUACUCUGCAGGAAGACACCUCUGUAAUUCCGUUUUUUUCCAGGCAUCGUUGUUUGUCUUUUGCACUUCACUAGAUUUUUGCAGGUUCACCUUCUUAAGAACUCGUUUUUAACUGUUUAGAAAAGUGUGUCAGCAUUUCUACAUCUUUAGAGGGUGGAGGGAAGCCUUUAUGUGCAGAUUUUUUUUGUAUUUCAUCAAAAUAGCACAACUAACCCUCAUCUUCUGGUGAGUUGAAUAGAAUUCCCAUCCUGGGAUUUGAGUAUGGAAAGAUUCCUGGGCAGUAAAGACAAUGGAUAAUCAAUACUUUAAGAGAAUCCAGUGUGUAAAGAUUGUGAUUUGAUUUUGUUACAUGGUAUGUGACUUAUGUAAUGCAUCAAAUAAGUUACCCCAAAAUUUAAUGGCUUAAAAUAGCAAACAUGUAUCGUAAUUUCUGUGGGUCAGGAAUCCAGGCACAGCUUAGCUGGGCCCUCUGGCUCAGGAUCUCUCAUGAGGUUUCAGUCAAGCUGUUGACCGGGGCUGUCAGGUCUUAUCUGAACUCAGCUGGGGGAGGAUUUGCUUCUAAGCUCACUAAUGUGGUUAUUGGCAGGAUUUAGUUCCUUGUGGACUGUUGGGCGGAGGGCCUUAGUUCCUUGCUGGCUGUUACUGGAGGCCCUCGUUAGCUCUUUGCCAAAUGGGCCUCUCCAUAGGGCAGCUCAGAACACAGCAGCUAGCUUCCCUCAGAGCGAGUGAGCAAGAGAACAUGCACCUAAGCAGAAGCCACAGUCUUUUUGUGACUUGAUCUAAGAAUUGACAUCCCAUCUCCUGUGCUGCAUUUCCUUCACUAAAUCUAGCCCACUCUUAAGAGGAAGAGACUGUAUGAUACUGUGAAUUCCAGGAGUCAGGGAGCCUUCACAGUCUGCCCUCUGGCUCCCAGUGGUUCACGUCCCUCCUGUGUGCAGAACACCCCCUCCCAGGGCCUCCAGAAGUCUCGUCCCGUUACAGCAUCAGCUCAGAGUUCUGAAUUUUGUCAUCUGAAUCGGGUCCAGGUGUGGCUGAGGCUCCCUAGCUGUCGUUCCUUAGCAUUGCUCCUUGAUAGAGCGCCUCUCCGUCUGUGGGACUGUGAGACUAAAGAGACAAGCUACCUGCUCCCCAUACGCCCAGCGUACAGGGUGGGCUAGGCCUGAGGUAAUCACUAAACG